AUGUCAAGUGCUUCAGAAGAUCGCGUGUGGAAGAUGCCUGAGCCGAAGGAGCCAGCACCUCAGUUGCACGUGUACAACAGUCUGACGCGGUCCAAGGAGCUUUUUGUGCCGCAGCGUGGACGUCUUGUGACGUGGUACAAUUGUGGUCCCACCGUAUAUGAUGCAAGCCAUAUGGGACACGCACGAAACUAUGUUGCACAGGACGUCAUCCGACGCAUUAUGCGCGACUACCUCGGCUAUGACGUCCACUUCGUGAUGAAUGUGACUGAUAUUGACGACAAGAUCAUUGUGCGCGGCCGCCAAGAGUACCUGUUGCAGCAGUUCCAAGCACAGCAUCCCCACCUUACGCCGGCCCUGUUGAAUAUUGUGCAAACGGCGUGGUCGCAAUUUUUUUCCCAUACGCUAAUGCCGCUCACCCCACCAGCCCCGUCUCACGAGGAGGCCUCUGAUCCUCAAGCUGCAGAGCGAAGUCGUGCUGGCGAGGGCGGCUGGGAACAGAUCGUGCGGAUGGCUCAAGAUCCCAAAUGGCGCGAAGAGGCGGCACAGCGCAUGCCCAAGUUCCACAUGUGGUUCGCUACGUUGCAAGCAUCACGCGAUGCCCAAGUGGCGGCUGCUGUCUCAUUGGGCGCGGGCGACGCAUCUGAGGCACAGGCAAGGGCCCUAAUCAGCGCAUCAAGCGAUGUGCUGAGCGAACACCUCGAUGGCACGCUGGCACAUACCGUGAAUGAUCCAGCUAUUUUCCGCAAGCUCGCUGCGUACUGGGAAGCGGCCUUUUUCCAGGACAUGAAGCGACUGCAUGUCGAGCCGCCAUCGAUGCUAACACGUGUGAGUGAGUACGUUCCAGAGAUUGUACAGUUCAUUGAACGCAUCAUCGAGAACGGUUUUGCGUACGUCGAUGACGCCGCAUCCGAAAGCAAGAAUGUGUGGUUUGCCACGUCACACUUCGACGGCGGUGCCUGUGGUGCUGAGCACCACACGUAUGCAAAACUUGCGCCGUGGAGUAAGGGCAACAGCGAGCUCUUAGAGGAAGGCGAGGGUUCCUUGGCUGCGAAGGGCAAGCGCCAUGCCGCAGACUUUGCGUUAUGGAAGCGUGCCAAACCUGGCGAGCCAUCGUGGCCGUCACCGUGGGGUCCGGGACGUCCUGGCUGGCACAUUGAAUGCAGUGUGAUGGCGUCGCAGGUGCUCGGUAAGCAAAUUGACAUCCAUUCGGGUGGGAUUGAUCUCACCUUCCCCCACCAUGAUAACGAGCUCGCACAGAGUGAGGCGUUCCAUGGCUGCACACAGUGGAUCAACUAUUUCUUACACACGGGACACCUGCAUAUCGAGGGUCUCAAGAUGAGCAAGAGUCUCAAGAACUUUAUUAGCAUUGACGAGGCAUUGAAGCGCUACACAGCUCGUCAGCUGCGCCUCGCUUUUUUGAUGCACCCAUGGCACGCCAAAAUGGACUUUCGCGAGUCAAGCAUGGCCGAGGUCCGCUCGGUUGAAACGACGCUCAACAACUUUUUUAGCGUUGUUACGGCGCUUGAGCGCGAGUCUCGUGCUAAGGGCGAGGCUUUCAGUGAUGGCCAGCAUCAUUAUGGCCCAGGCGCUCAGCAUUUGAACGCCGCACUGCAAGACACACAGGCAGCUUUCCGUUUGGCCAUGUGUGACAACUUUGAUACGCCACGCGGUAUUGAGGUGCUCCUCGAGCUUGUGUCGCGUGCCAAUGUGUACGAGCGCGGCACGUCGCGUGAUGACCUGAACGUGUGUGUGCUUGUGAAUGUGUCGCAAUAUGUAGCGCGCAUGCUCCGCAUGUUGGGUCUCGGCGAGGGACCGACGCGUGAAGGCGAUCUAAGCUGGGGCACAGUAGCUGCGAAAGAUGGCGCUGUGGACCGCAAUGAAGUCGUCGCUCCAUUUGUACGCGUGCUGUCGUCGUUCCGCGAUCGCGUUCGUCAGUUGGCACGCUCGAAUGCAUCAGGUGCAGACCUGCUCCAACUCGCUGAUACCAUCCGUGACGUGGAGCUGGCCGAUUUGGGCGUGGCUCUCGAUGACCAGGAAAAUGGCCAGGCUCUAUUCAAGUUCGUGCCUGCUGAGCAGCUGCGCGCACAGCGGGCCGAAAAGGAGCGCAUGAUCGCAGAAAAGGCUGCGCGGAAAGCUGCGGCUGCUGAGGCUGCGCGAGUCAAGCGGCGUGAACAGCUGGAGCGUGGACGUAUCGCCCCACAAGACAUGUUCCGCGCACCGCACACGAACCAAUACACCGCAUGGGAUCAACAGGGUAUACCCACGCAGGAUGAGCAAGGUGAAGCACUGGGCAAGAAACGGCGUAAGAAUCUAGAAAAAGAAUAUGAACGCCAACUGAAGCUGCAUGCUGACUAUCUUGCCGCGAGGGAGGCGAACGAAAUUGACUAG